AUGCCUCAGGAGCUGAGGUCUGAACGAAGUGAGUGUGUCCAAUACUGCGCAGCAAUGGACCUAACGACUGCCGAGGGUUUCUUUCAACUGUACCUCGCAUGGCUGGGAAAUCCAGCAGCAAAAGGCCUGUUCUUGUGCUGGAGAUGCCGUCGAACAUCUGGUACAUCUCCUGCGGCAACCCUGACGCCGUUGCACUACGUCGAUGCAACUAUGGCGGAACUUCAGUCGACAAAAGGCAUUGUCGACCAUGCCAAUUGUAGACGACGUGAAGACGAUCGCACGAACUGCGUCAGCGAUUGA